AUGGCAGCUCCACGUGAAAUCCGCUGGGGAAUCCUUGCCACCGGUGCAAUCUCAAUUACAUUCACAAAGGAUCUCCUAGUUGAUCCCAAGACUCGAGACGUCAGCAACAUCAAGCACACCGUCGUCGCAGCAGCUUCAUCCAGCUCAGCCGCACGCGCCGAAUCCUUCCUCGAAGAUGUUGGAGCCCCUUCGACUGCAAAGGCCUACGGCUCGUACGAUGAACUCGUCAAGGACCCCAACGUUGAAAUCAUCUACGUUGCUACCCCCCACUCACACCACUACCAGAAUGUCAGGCUUUGCUUAGAAGCCGGCAAGCAUGUGCUGUGCGAAAAGGCUUUCACAGUGAAUGCCAAGCAGGCGCGUAUUCUGGUAGAGAUCGCAAAGGAGAAGGGCCUAUUGCUUAUGGAAGCGUUCUGGACGAGAUACUUUCCCUUGACGAACUAUGUCAGAGAGGCUAUCAGCUCGGGCAAGCUGGGGACGAUCUACAGGGUAUUUUCAGAUGCCAGUGCCAGGCUAUCGCCCGAGGCCAACUUUAGCGAUGGAAAGCACAGAAUGGUGAAUGCGGAUCUUGCCGGCGGUGCGUUGUUGGAUCUUGGAGUUUACAGCCUUACUUGGCCGUUCCUGGUGUUCUGGCAGACCCAGGCUAAGAAGACUCCCCCAACGGUCGCUGCUGCUAUUACCAAGUAUGAGCAAACAUCUGCGGACGAGAGCACCACCAUUCUUCUGACUUUUCCCCGAGACGUUGUCUCUGGUGGCGACGCCCACGCCAUCGCUACAACGUCCAUCCGGAUUGGAAGUGUUCGUAGCGAUCCCAAGCCCCAACCCUGCGUGCGGAUCCAAGGAGAGCUAGGCGAGCUGCAGCUCUUCGACGUCCCACAGUGCCCCAACACUACAAGGAUCGUACUCAACGAUGGGAGUGUCGAAGAAAAGAAGUGGACGCAGCCCGGUCCCGGCAAGGGCAGUGGCUGGUUCAAUGGAUUCUUGACUUUCAUGAACCCGGAGGGUGAGGGCCAGGGUAUGUUCUGGGAGGCUGAUGAGGCGGCGUUUGCCAUUGUUGAAGGGAGGAAGGAGGGAAGGCAGAUGGAUUUGAGUGAAACUAUUGCUGUCAUGGAUGUCAUGGAUGAGGUGCGUCGUCAGGGUGGUUUGGUCUACCCGGAGAAGAUUGAGACGACAGACUACCCUGUGUCUAUCGGUCGAUGA